UAAAUUUUAUCACAAAUACUAUGUAUAUAUCGUUUCACGUGAAUACUACGAAUGCAUUUUACAGUUUUGCAACACAGUAAUUCGCUGAAAUCAUUGAAAGGAUGUGGACUAAAAUGUAUUUAUUCCCAAUAUUUGUGUUUUUGUGUGGAUUAGUGCAAUAUAAUGUGACACAUGCCAAAAGAAUACUGAUCUUAUCAAAUUAUCCAUCAUACAGCCAUCAAUUAGUUUACCGUGGCUUAGGCUUAGAAUUAAACAAACGAGGCCACGAGAUUGUGUCGGUCACUACGAAUCCUAUAAAAGACUCCACUUUAAAAAAUUAUACAGAAAUUGAUUUAAAUUACUUUUAUGAUAGUUUUUCUGAAUAUGAACAGAUAACAUCAUUUACAAGUUUCACCAUGGCAAGUUUCCAUCUAAACGUCUUAACUCUAGAAAAAGAUAUUAUAUGGCCUGUAAUUCACAUCCUAAAUAACGAGGUCUUUAAAAAUCCAGAAAUGAAGAAAUUAUAUGCAACUGACAGCAAUGAACACUUUGACGCAAUUAUUAUAGCGCAAGGUCCCACAGUUUCAUUGAACGCUUUGGCAUAUAGAUUCAACGCUCCUCUUAUAGGUAUCUCAAGCUUGGAUGUAUACAAUCAUAUGCGCAAUAUGUUUGGAUCCUUGAUCCUCCCAUCGCAUAUUUCCAAUUGGCAAGCCAAUACGUUACCUGAAGACAAUAUGUCAUUUUGGAGAAGACUCGUUAACUUUUAUGAAGUGUGGAAGCAUAUGUAUCUCUGGAUGAACGUACAUCUCCCUUUAGAGGAUGUGCUCGCAAAGAAGUAUUUAGGAGAAGAUUUGCCACAUGUUCUUGAUAUAACGAGAAACAUGAGCUUAUAUUUAGUGAACAAACAUCCAGCUCUUUCUUAUAACAGACCUGAACAACCAAACGUCGUAUUUUACCAUGGUCUUCAUAUCGCAAAGGAACCGCCUGCUCUACCAAAAGAUUUACAACAAUUUCUUGACAACGCGACCGAAGGAUUUAUUUACGUCAGUCUUGGAAGCAACGUUAAAUGGGAACAUUUACCAAAUAAUACAUUUGAAUACUUUAUCAAAGCAUUUUCUGUGCUGCCGUACAAAAUUGUUUGGAAAUACCCUAAUCUGUUACCCAGCAAAUUUGAAAACAUACUAGUAUCGAAAUGGUUUCCCCAGCAAAGUAUUUUUGCUCAUCAAAAUAUCAAGCUAUUUAUUUAUCAAGGCGGUAUGCAAAGUACCGAAGAAGUUGUUCAUUAUGGGAUUCCGGUCAUAGGAUUUCCCAUUUUUUGGGAUCAAAAUUAUAACGUCAAAUAUUUAGAAAAAAUGGGCGCUGGAGUUCAUCUUCAUAGUAAGAAUAUUUCGAAAGAAAGCAUAGAAGCUGCUGUAUAUGAAGUUAUAAACAAUAAGAGAUACAAAGAUCGGAUGAAACAUCUAAGUGAACUUUAUAAUAACGGACCGUAUGACGGUGUUCAAAAUGCGGUAAGGUGGGUCGAGUACGUGAUACGUCACAAUGGAACACCUUUCUUGCGAUAUAGUCUUGGCGACAAGACAUGGUAUCAACGAUAUGACUGGGACAUCAUUGGAUUCCUCGCUAUAAUAAUAUUUAUAGCAUCCCUUCUUUCUCUAUGGGUUCAUCAAAUAGUUCACCAAUCGUUCAGUUUAGCCUUAAACAAACGAGGACAUGAAAUCGUCAUAUUAACUCCACGUCCGAUGAGAGAUCCGACAUUGAAAAAUUAUACAGAAAUCGAUUUGUCGUUUAUACCUUCCAUAGUUCAAGAGUAUAGAAGACAAUUCUCGCAAAUGCCAUCGAAUAAAUUGAUCGAAUAUGGCUUUCACGUAAUCGCCAUAUUAAGCAACCUCAUACUCGAUGAACCAAAAUUUAAGGAACUCUAUAGAAAGGAUAGUGGUGAAAAGUUCGACGCAGUUAUCGUAGAAGCAAUGAGUCCGGCGUUAUUCAGUGUAGCACAUAGAUUUAAUGCUCCUCUCAUAGGAAUUAUGUCCUUGGGUCUACAUAAUUACAUACGGUAUGUUUUUGGUAGUCCUUUACUUCACUCGCAUUCUUCAAAUUGGGAGCUUAAUACGUUAGUUGGAGAAAAUCCAUCAAUUUGGCAAAGACUGCAAAACUAUUUCGAGGUAUGGGACUUUAUCUAUUUUUGGCAUAAUAAUUUCAUGGUCAAAGAAGAAAAACGGCUAAAACAUUUGGGAAAUGAUCUACCGCAACUCCUUGAUAUAAUGAAAAACAUGAGUGUAUUAUUAAUUAAUGAGAAUCUAGCAAUUGUAAAUCCUAGACCUGAGCAAUCAAAUGUAGUAUAUUUCAGCGGUUUUCAUAUACAAAAACCGCCGCCAUCUCUGCCAAAAGAUUUAAGACAAUUCCUAGAUAACGCCACGGAAGGAUUUAUUUAUAUGAGCUUUGGAACCACUGUCUCCUGCGAUGGUGUACAUAAUGAAAUGUUAGAAAUUUUUAUUGAAGUAUUUUCGAAAUUAUCUUAUAAAAUAGUUUGGAAAUUUGAUUGUGAAUUGCCAAGAAAACUCGAUAAUAUAUUUAUCUCAAAAUGGUUUCCUCAACAAGGCGUACUUGCUCAUCCAAACAUCAAGCUGUUUAUUUAUCAAGGUGGACUUCAAAGUACCGAAGAAGCUAUUUAUUAUGCAGUACCAAUUCUAGGAAUUCCUAUUGUAUCCGAACAAGAAUGUCGAAUUAAAAAAUUGGCCUCGUUAGGUGCGACAAUACAUCUCAAUUUUCACAAAAUAACCAAAGAUAUUCUCCAGACAGCCAUUUAUGAGAUUCUAAGCAAUAAAAGUUACAAAGAGAAGAUGACGUAUCUAAAUUCUUUAUACAAGGAUCAACCGUAUGACAGCAUGGAGAAUGCAAUAUGGUGGGUGGAAUACAUGAUGCGUCACAAAGAAGUAAAUCAUUUGCGAUUUAGUGAAAGCGAUACUCCAUGGUAUCAACGUUACGACAUAGAUAUCAUUGCUCUGCUUGCUAUAACAUUAUUUAUAUUGACCUGUAUAAUAAUUCUAAUUAUCUUCAAAAUUUGUAAAUUUAUUUUAAACAGUAUUAUUUUCUAAAUAUUAUUAUACUCCAAAGUUAAACAUUAUUCAUGU